GCACGGCAAAUUGGCAAAUUUGCAAAUGCAAGAAAACCCCAAUCCCAAGUCCUAACUCAUCGUCUCACAGCUGAACAGAGGCAGCGAUUCAGCGAUUCGCAGUCUCAUAAAAAACCCAAAUCGCUUUGUUUUUCUCCUUCUGACUUCUCAUAAUACUCAACAUCAAUCACAUUCCUAUUCCUAUCAUGGCGGAAAUGACAUCACCACCUCUCUCUCUGUCUCUCUUUAUAGCCCCACAAAUGUGGGGAUAAGAUAAGUUGUUUUGUCGGCAAUCCACCAGAUUCGGGAUACAUACGUACAUAUAUGCGUUUAAAUAUACGCUUACGUGGUGCUGUAUUCCAACGUAUAAGGUGUUGGAGGUGUUAUUUGAGCAGUUCAUAUAUUUUCUUCGCUGUUAUUUGAAACUCUUGUCAUCAAUCUUCAAGCUUCUUCAGCUUCCUCCUUCGCCUCCUUUGCCGACAAAAAAAAAAAAAUGUUUGACAAAGACUUUUUCACUGAAUAUGGCGAAGCAAGUCAAUAUGAAAUAAAGGAAGUAGUUGGCAAAGGAAGUUAUGGUGUCGUUGCAUCUGCAAUAGAUACUCACACUGGAGAGAAGGUAGCUAUUAAGAAGAUGACCAAUAUCUUUGAGCACACCUCUGAUGCAACACGCAUUCUUAGAGAGAUCAAACUCCUACGGCUACUGCUACACCCUGAUAUAGUUCAAAUAAAACACAUAAUGCUUCCUCCAUGUAGAAGAGAAUUUAAAGAUAUAUUUGUUGUUUUUGAGUUGAUGGAAUCUGAUCUUCACCAUGUUAUAAAGAUAAAUGAUGAUCUAACCCCUGAACAUCAUCAAUUUUUCUUGUACCAGCUUCUUCGGGGUCUAAAAUACAUUCACACAGCACAUGUUUUCCAUAGAGAUUUAAAGCCAAGAAAUAUACUUGCUAAUGCGGACUGCAAAUUGAAGCUUUGUGAUUUUGGACUCGCUCGGGUAUCAUUUACUGAUGUUCCUUAUGCUAUUUUUUGGACUGAUUAUGUGGCAACUCGAUGGUAUCGUGCUCCUGAAUUGUGUGGUUCAUUUUUCUCCAGGUACACCCCUGCUGUUGAUAUUUGGAGUGUAGGAUGUAUAUUUGCUGAGUUGCUGACAGGAAAACCUUUGUUUCCUGGGAAGAAUGUGGUGGAUCAAUUGGAUCUUGUGACUGAUUUGCUUGGCACUCCUUCUUCUGAAACAAUUGCAAGGAUUCGAAAUGAAAAAGCUAGAAAGUAUUUGAAUAGCAUGAGAAAAAAGAAACCAAUUCCUUUAUCAAAAAAAUUUCCAAAUACAGAUCCAUUGGCCCUCAAUUUACUUGAGCGCCUGAUUGCAUUUGAUCCUAAUGAUCGUCCAUCUGCUGAAGAGGCAUUAGCUGAUCCAUAUUUCCAUGGAUUGGCAAAUGUGGACAAUGAACCAUCCAUGAAACCCAUUUCAAAAUUUGAAUUUGAAUUUGAAAGAAGGAAAUUGGCGGAAGAUGAUGUCAGAGAGCUAAUUUACAGAGAGAUAUUAGAGUACCAUCCACAGAUGCUUCAGGAGUACCUUCAAGGCAAAGAUCAUAUUAACUUCAUGUAUCCAAGCGGAGUUGAUCAGUUUAGGCGACAAUUUGCCUGUCUUGAGGAAUAUGGCAAAAAUGAAAGGGGCAUUCUACUUCAGAGGAAAUAUACAUCUUUGCCUAGGGAGCGAGUCUGCAAUGACGAUACUGAUCACAUUGAUCAAUCAAAAAAACGUACAGUGGCUUCCGCUACUCGUGCAACACUUCAAAGCCCUACAAAAUUGCAAGGAUCUGGGGAAUUGGAAUAUGCAAACCAGCAUGUGUCAGGGAUUCAGAAAGCCUCUGGCAAACCUACUAGCAGUGCCCCUCGCCUGUUGAAAAGUGAUAGCAUCAGUGCUUCAAGGUGCGUGGGUGUCAUUCGAAAACCUAGCAAGGUGCACAAUGAAGUACAAAAAGUGGUAGCUUAAUGUGUUGUUAACAGCGUCCCACAAAGAUAGUCUGCAGUAGCUGUUCGGGACACACAAAAAAGGGUAUGACUUCUGAUUUAGAAGUUAUUUAAGGGAGUUAAUCUUGUGGUCACGAAUUGGGCGAUUGCUGUAAAGAUACGCAUAUUUGCAGUCACUCGAUGUUAAAUGGUUCACUAGGAUUCAGCUACACCUUCACAAGAUUCAAGCAAUUCAAUUACAGGCACAUUUUGACAUUUUUGUUGUAAUGUGAAACCAAGAUCAGAUUAACAAACAUGAAACAUGCAAUUCUACCUCAACUGGUGGCAUAUAUGGACGCAUUCAGAG